UGGCAGCACCCUUCCUCCUGCAGCUCAGCAGCUCACACUGACCUAAGGAAAAAAGAACAGUAAUCAAAAGAAGUAAUUCCACAAUGCCACAAAAUGUCGUUCUCCAAGGACCGGCACCCUGGGGAUUCAGGCUCUCGGGAGGAAUAGAUUUUAACCAACCCUUAAUUGUAACCAGGAUUACACCUGGAAGCAAGGCUUCAGCUGCCAACCUGUGCCCUGGUGAUGUUAUUGUAGCUAUUGAUGGUCUAAGCACAGAGAACAUGACACACAAUGAAGCCCAGGAGAGAAUUAAAGCAGCUGCACAUCAACUUUGUUUGAAAAUAGAGAGGGCAGGGACUAAAUUAUGGUCUCCACAAGUUUCAGAAGAUGGCAAAGCACAUCCCUUCAAGAUAAAUUUAGAAGCUGAACCACAGGAUAUGAACUACUUUGAACACAAGCAUAAUAUUCGGCCCAAACCUUUCAUAGUCUCAGGCCGAAGCAGUGGAUGCAGCACUCCUUCAGGGAUUGACUGUGGCAGUGGACGCAGCACCCCCUCUUCAAUUAGCACGGUUAGCUCUAUCUGCCCCACCGAGCUGAAGGCAGUGUCUAAGAUGGCCCCUAACGUUCCCUUGGAAAUGGAGCUUCCUGGUGUCAAGAUUGUACACGCUCAAUUUAACACACCCAUGCAGUUGUACUCAGAUGACAAUAUCAUGGAAACGUUGCAAGGCCAAGUUUCUACAGCUCUGGGGGAAACACCCGUAAUAAGUGAUCUAGCUCCCAACUCAUUAUCUCAGUCUGAUGUGUACAAGAUGCUGCAUGCCAACCAGGAGGAACCCAGUCAGCCUCGCCAGUCUGGCUCCUUUAAGGUGCUCCAGAAUUUAGUCUCCGAGGAAGGUGAUGGACGUCCUGCAGGUACAAGGAGCGUGAAAGCACCUGUAACAAAGAUGCCUUCUGCCACGCCUGGUGCCCAGAAAGUGCCACUGUGUGACAAGUGUGGGAGUGGGAUUCUCGGAACAGUGGUGAAGGCACGCGACAAAUACCGGCACCCGGAAUGUUUUGUGUGCUCUGACUGUGAUCUCAACCUGAAGCAAAAAGGCUACUUCUUUGUGGAGGGCCAGCUGUACUGUGAAGCUCACGCACGAGCUCGCAUGAGGCCACCGGAGGGAUAUGAAACAGUUACAGUUUAUCCAAAGUGCUAGUCUUACAGUAACACACAAAUACAUGCAUGCACACAAAAAGCCAUUAACUGUUUAGGACUGCAGUACAAGUGUCAGGACUCCUGCUUGAUUCCAUAAUAGAAGCUUUUUAACCUUUUCUUGUGGGAUCCUGAAGAGGGUGGAAAUCCCUACAAGACAGCAGUAGCAUAUUAUACCAGUAAAAUUCUGCUAAAACUUUAGAGUUGCCAAUAUAACUCAACAUAAACCAACUAUAAACUAAAAUAGCUGUACUGGAAUUAAAAAAAAAAAAAAAGUGAAACAGCUGAGGUAUAAUUACUACGGCAUAUAGACAAGUGCUGUGAUGAAGACACUAUUUUUAACAUAAACUAAGUAUCUGUGAAACUAUCAAAGCCAAAAUGUAACAGGCUGGGCCCUAAUGAACUUGGAAACCUGGCAGAUCUUUACAAAAGCAGCUAUUUAACACAGAUAGUACAAAACAAGUUGUUCACAUCUGCUUCCACCAUCUAUUAUACAACUACCGAUUCAUGUAUGCCAAAAAUACAUAUGCUUACUUCACUUCAAAUUUGGGGUUGUACUGACUUCAUAUUCUGAUGCAGCAACUGUGACAAGGAAUAAAUGUUAAGUCACAAUAAAAUGGUUGAUUAGUAAGAAGCAAAAAAGAAGUUCUACAUUGUUUUAAUGACUUGCAAUGAAAUCGCCAUUCACAUCACUUAGCAGAAAAUUGUUCUGAAGCAUGCACACACAUUAUUAUUUUUUUUUCCAAAAACAAACACCACAAAUUGAGAAGGAUAGUAAAUUUUUAAAACCUUUCUGCAGAAAAGGGUAUUGUUUUCUGCAUCUCCAUCUUUCCAUUUCCAUAACAGAGAAAAUGGGGAAACAUCAUGAUAAUAUCCUCAUUGCUGGUAAACUAAACCUUGGACCAGACUUCACAUCAAUUUCUGAAACUUUUUCAGGGCUACAUUGCAUUCAAGUAGGUGCCAGCUACCUAUACACACCUGACAACCCAAAACUUAGAAUUUCCAAAAACUGUCAACACAACUCACAAAUUAUUUGUCUUGAAUCCACUUCUAAGCAGAAAAACCUACAAAAGUGUACAUCUACAAGACUAGCAGAAAUUAACAACUCAGUGGCAAACCAUCUUAUAUACUUUUCUCAUUCUACAAUAUAUGAAGCUUUAGAUGUAAGAAAAAUAUGGAAUCAAAAUAAAUUGUAUGUACUUUAUUUUAAAAAUUCAGAUAAGUCCCAAAGACUCAAAGACUUUUCAAAAUGUCCCAAAGUAUUAUUUCAGAAUUUAAAUGCUUUAACAACGUGUCACUGCAUUUAUAAUUUAUAUCUGUAUAUCAAAAGAAGACAUAAGUGUUGCACCCUUUUUAAAGGUUAGUUUCUGAAUUAUUUGGGGGCACAAAAUGUAAUUCUGCUCCUCAUUUAUCAUUGAGGCUACUACAUGUAACGUUAAUAUUUUUCCAUUUGUAAAGCCCAUAAAACACAUUUGAAAAUCCUUCUGAAAGUGAGGGUAUACAAAUAAGGUCUUUUUUUUUUCCUAAACCUAAAAUGUCAUCAGUGUUUUAAAAUAUCUGCUUAAUGUUCAUUUCAGUAUGGAGUAACUGAAAGUGAAAAUAAAUCU